UAAUAAAAGAGGAAGAUAAAAUUAGAUCUGACAUUUAUCAAGAAGACAAGAGAAUUGCACUCAAAUUAACGGAAAAGAAAAGAAAAAAAUCAAAGAAACAAUACAUACAAUACACUGAUUAUGCCCUCAGCCGCGGCAUUCGAGCGGUUGCUGGACCAUGGCGACGACUUGGACGACUACGGCCUCGACGACUCGGACAACCCAUUCGCAUCUCCCCCGCCAGAAUCGUCCACCAAGAAGCGAAAGGAGCCCGACUCGGGGCUGGGAAUCGAGGAGGAGGUUUCGGUCCAGAAACGUGCCCGAGUGCCAGCUGUCAAGCUUGAUGAGGAAAGAUUGCUGGGUCCAGAUGGAAUCCCAAAGCUGAGAAAACGAGCUGCAGGCCUCAAGCUGAAAGGCAAAGGCCACGAGUUCUCCGACGCCUCCCGCCUCCUCUCCUUCUACCAGCUAUGGCUGGACGACCUCUUCCCUAAAGCUCGGUUCCUCGACGCCCUCGCCAUGGUAGAAAAGACCGGCCACAAAAAGGCCCUCGUGACUGCCCGAAACGAAUGGAUCAACGAAGGGCGUCCCAAGGCGAGCAACAACGACGACGAUGAGGACGAUGACUUUGAUAUCGGAGCCGUCGCCAUCUCAGGAGAUUCGCAGACUGUUUCUGUUCCUGCAGGUGGUAGAGAGAGGUCACAAAAGACACCAGAGAGGGACAAUGAUGUACCCGACGACGAUGAUCUAUACGACGCUACGCCUCGGGCGCCAAGAUCGACAAAUGCGCUUCGUUCUGCGCCGUCAAACGAUGCCCCUGACGACGACGACCUGGAAGCGCUCAUGGCUGAAGCCGAGAGCAUGGACAGCCGGCCCGGCCCAGCUGCUCGCAGUGCCGCUGCUGCCAACCAGAGAUCAAAUCACUCCAUACAAGAGGGAGAGGAUGAUCUCGAUGCCCUCAUUGCCGAGGCAGAAGAACGGGAUCGUUCCAGCGGACAGCCGACGGGCAGGAAUGCGGGUAGCGGCGGUUCUGCGGACAAGGGACACGAUUUCGCGGACGAGGAGGAGGCCAUGCAGGAGAUGGAGGGGCUGUGGUGA